AUGAAUGAGGCCUGUUGUGGUGUCAACCAGCAGCUGGCAGAGACCUGCUCUGAUGAUGCCAGUCACAACUGCUUUACAGGGUUAUAUGCAGCAAUGGAGAGCCUUAAUAUAGAGGAUCCAGAAGAUGGAAAUAAUGAAGUAGAAUCAUCUGACAUGCGUGAUUUUGCAGAGAUGAUGGCUGUAAAGGCAGACGGAUCGAGCAAGUUAACUUCAACUCCAAAGUCGCAGCAGCAUAAAGAGACGGACUCAGCUUCAUUUGGGGAUGUUAUCAGACGGUUACCCCUGCUGAACGCUUUACUAGUUGAACUCUCACAGCUGAACGUCCAGACGGCGCAGCAGCAGGCCUUAUCGGUUCAUCCUAACCUGGCGUGGUUGUACACAUCAGCACAGGAGCCAUCAGGAGUAAAACCCAAAGCUGAGAAUCAGAAAACAAACCCUAAACAGAGACUUGAUCAAUGCACGAUGAAAGCAGUAAAGAGUGCAAAGAGAAGCAAAGAAAAAUUGCAACCUAAGAAGACGCUUAAAUACGGCUUGACAAAUACUUUUCGUCUCAGACUCAAACUGGUCAAACCAGGUACCAAAAGGCAUGAAUGCAUCGAAUACCAGGAUGCAAAACAAGACCAGCCAUCAUCAUCUGACCAUAAACGUGUUCGUAAGGCAGCUAGAAGGGGUGUUUGUUCGGAUGAAACUGUUGAAACAUUAAUAAGCAGUUUUGAUAUGCACCCAACACCAACUGCAACUGCAUCAAAAUCACAAACAAGAUCAAGUAUUGGAAAACACAUCACAAGUGCGCCAAAUGAGGAACGUCAUUUGACUGAGAAAGACAAAAAAGUUCAAGUUCAUAUUCCAAGUCAGUAUUCAGAGCGCAGUGACCAGCAUUCAGCUUCAUCUAUGCAUGAUUCUACUCUUGGCUUCCAGAGAGGAGAUAGUAGAGCGAGCAGUAAUGGCUUGAGUAAUGGCUCCUACGGACAAGAAGAGUAUCAGGAUGACUUCACGAGCCUAAACACAACCGAGGGAUACUCACCCGACCCGUUCAGCAGUCCAGAACCAAGCCGACGUAAGAGAAACAGCAGUUCGAGCUCUUCAAGCUCCUCUCAUCCAAGCAAAGGUCUACCUGUUCCUGCAAUGGAGAACUCUCCACAACGUGCUCUCAAAAGCACACACGUCAUCCGACCGCGUCUUCAGACCUCCGCUCUGAGUCUGUCUUCAGAUGAGGAUGAGUUUGAGUCUGGAGGUCACAGGCCUGGCCACAGCAGUGGACCAAAGACUCCAUCUGUGCGCAGGACAUUUGGAAAAUCAGAGAGCUUUGACAGUGACACUGGUGAUAAGGGCAUGACAUUUAGCUGGGUGUCAGAGGACUCCGAUUUAGCUGCUAAUAACCCGGUGCUAAAGUCCAUUUCAUCGUCAGAGCUUGAAGAGGAACGGGAUGAACUGGGCUCUCUGGGACUGGACAAGAAUUACCAUCACAUUUCAGAACUGGUGAUCAACAAACUACCAGGCUAUACACUGUGA